UGCUGUUUAUUUUUCAACAUGUUUGAGCUGUGAAUUCGUGUUGUGGUGUGUGAUACGGAACAGUGGCAUCGCCUCCUUCAUCACCAUAAUGCUUCGGUUUUGCCCGGGCUCCUGGGCGUUAAGUGUCCAGGUAUGAAGUCAUAUUCAUUAAUGACUGUAAAAUAAUUUGAAUUAUUGUACUCCUAUUAGUAAUCUUUGGCUACAUGGUGCCCAGCGUGCGGCUUCGACAGGGAUGAGCUCCCCCAUUCAGCGCAUGUGUGACCUCUUUCCGGCAUGCUGUGGCUGCACUGUUCCUCCAGGAUGAGCUCAGACCGAUCCGUAGUAUUGUACAUACGGAAUGAGGUUAAAUGCAUGAUGGUGUCCUACACGGCACCGGCUCACUGUAGGUCAGAUAACGGAAAAUGCACCGGCGAUGGGUCUCAACAAUAACGGGGGCACCAUGUGUUUGAGAUGUCCCCUGGCACGCCGUUUUCCCGGAGCGAUGUGUGAACUAGAUGAUGUUGGUGAGCAGCGCUUGGGACAUGUGAGCAGUCUGCUGAAGAGCGAAAGCUGCUUGGGAAGGAAGGCCAGUGAAGAGGGAGGCGUCUGCAUGGGCGUGGGGAAGAACACCACCUCCAAGGGCGUGGAUUCGGGGGCAGAGGGAGCCAUGUACGAAGAGGAGAGCAAAUGCACUGCGGACUUCUACCCUAUUCCUGUGGUGGUAAACGGUGUCCAGGCCGUGUCGGAGCAGGAUGCUGAGGACACGCAGCUCAUGGCCAUCUAUAGCAAGGAGAUGGAAGGUGGCGAGAAGAGCUCGCUGUCGGAGACGGUGGACAGCACAGGGAGUAUGGACAAAAGGGGAAUGGACAUGAUCUACACCAUCGAGGACAAACCCCCCUGGUACCUCUGCGUCUUCCUCGGGCUACAGCACUACCUGACCUGCUUCAGCGGCACCAUUGCUGUCCCCUUCCUGCUCGCUGAGGCCAUGUGCGUCGGCUUCGACCAGUGGGCCACCAGCCAGCUCAUCGGCACCAUCUUCUUCUGCGUGGGCAUCACCACCCUGCUGCAGACCACGCUGGGCUGCCGCCUCCCCCUGUUCCAGGCCAGCGCCUUUGCCUUCCUAGCUCCUGCCCGUGCCAUCCUGUCCCUUGAGAAGUGGAAGUGUAACACUACAGUCAUUCCCACGUUGAACAGCACGGAGUUGCCAAACACGGAUCAUAUCUGGCACCCGAGGAUACGAGAGAUUCAGGGAGCCAUCAUCGUGUCGUCCAUGAUCGAGGUGUGCAUCGGGGCCCUGGGCCUUCCAGGGAUGCUGCUGAAGUACAUCGGCCCGCUUACCAUCACCCCCACCGUGGCCCUCAUCGGCCUCUCGGGGUUCCAGGCUGCAGGGGAGAGGGCAGGCAAGCACUGGGGCAUUGCCAUGCUGACCAUCUUCCUGGUGCUGCUCUUUUCCCAGUACGCACGCAACGUCCAGCUGCCCCUCCCCAUCUACCAGGCCAAGAAGGGUUGGACCUCCUACCGCCUUCAGCUCUUCAAGAUGUUCCCGAUCAUCAUGGCCAUCCUGGUUUCCUGGCUGCUGUGCUUCAUCUUCACUGUGACCGACGUCUUUCCGCCCAAGAGAGAGCAGUACGGCUUCUACGCCCGUACUGACGCCAGACAGGGAAUCCUCACUGUGGCCCCGUGGUUUAAGAUCCCUUACCCCUUCCAGUGGGGCCUGCCCACCGUCACCACGGCCGGCGUGAUUGGCAUGAUGAGUGCCGUGGUGGCCAGCAUCAUCGAGUCCAUCGGUGAUUACUACGCCUGCGCCCGCCUGUCCUGCGCCCCCCCACCGCCCGUCCACGCCAUCAACAGAGGGAUCUUCAUCGAGGGGGUGUCCUGUGUGGUGGACGGUAUAUUUGGGACAGGGAAUGGCUCCACCUCUUCCAGCCCCAACAUCGGGGUGCUAGGCAUCACCAAAGUGGGCAGCCGGCGCGUGAUUCAGUACGGCGCCGGCUUUAUGCUGCUGCUGGGCCUGGUGGGCAAGUUCAGCGCGCUGUUCGCCUCGCUGCCGGACCCGGUGCUGGGCGCCCUCUUCUGCACGCUCUUCGGCAUGAUCACCGCCGUGGGUCUCUCUAACCUGCAGUUCGUCGACCUGAACUCCUCCCGCAACCUCUUUGUCCUGGGCUUCUCCAUCUUCUUCGGCCUGGUGCUGCCCAGCUACCUGAAACAGAACCCGCUGGUGACAGGCAUCAUUGAGAUCGACCAGGUGCUCAACGUGCUCCUGACGACAGCCAUGUUCGUCGGUGGCUCCGUGGCAUUCGUCCUGGACAAUACCAUUCCUGGCUCUAUGGAGGAGAGGGGCAUCCGCAAGCUGAAGAGGGGCUCCGGCCUCGGCACGGCCGAACUGGAGGGCUUGCGCUCUUACGACCUCCCGUUUGGUAUGGCCUUCCUGCGCCGCCACCGGCUUUUCCAGCACCUUCCUAUCAGCCCCACCUUCGUGGGCUGCGACUGGGACGUGUCACAGGGUCGCUGUUGGAGGCGCGGCAGCAGAGCGGGUGGAGCACGCGGAAGUGGCGCCGCGACGGCUGAGGCUGGCGUAUAGCGAGCGAGGGGCGGGUCAUGGAGCCUGCCGGUGCCAUGGGGGCGUCACACCAUGCCAUCCCCGUCCCCCCAGCGGGACUGAGCCGUGCUUCUUCUGCACCUCUACCAAACCCUCAGCUCCGCUUUAUUAUUCAUUCUAUUGCCACUUUUUUGGCUGCUAAAUUAUUACCUGUUUGGUCUUUUGUUUGAAUGCAUUUUUUUUAUGUACUUGUACUUUAAGAACAGGCCAAUGCAAAAAAAAAAUGUUUAUUUUCAUCUCUGCCGCCAAAAUACCAGUAGAUUCAGACUGAAGGACUAUUAAUAUUUUUUUUGUGUGUGAUUGUGAAUGAGAACUGGAAGUAAAAGGACAUCGACGGAAUAAGGGAAUCGCUCCCUCAUGGGGCUUGUGGGACGUGCUGUCAGCCGGUAUUCAGCCUGACGUCAGCGUCUGCCGGUCUGACUCUCAGCACCCAGGGGUCAGGGGGCCCUGUUUUAUUUUCACUUCUAAUUUAUCAUUUUAUUUCCUGUUUCAAAAGCAAGCCUGCACUGCUCUUAAGACGUAGGGACAGAAGAAUCCCAUCCCCAAGGAGAACCACAACAGGGGAAGCUCGAUACAAACACUUAUCCAUGUUUGUCUGCAAACACACAAAGAAACACACAUGUGCACAGCAACAUGCACAGAUCGCGCAUGCAGGCAAGAUCAUGUUAAUGCUAAUGGCUUGUGCUGUUUAUGCAAAAGAGUAGAUUUUUUUGACCUGCUUUAAAGAAUGAACGCGGAGAAUGUCACCUUCGAUCUGAUUUGCAAUCUGCUUUUUUUUCCUAUUCAUUUCAUUUUUUGUUUUGAAAACAGAAGUGCUGUUUCAGGACAGGAAAGCGUUUCUCAGAUAAAAUUUCCACGCAGCUCUUUUCAUGAUUGGAAAGUGAAACGGGCUGUACAGGGUAAUCCUUGCAUGAUUAUUAUUUUUUGUGGGGGGCCAAGGGGGGGCUGCUUGACCACCGAUUUGCCGAUCACAGUUCUCUGAUUAGUCUUUAAAAGACAUUUAGACCCCUUCUCUAGGUUCUGUUGAUCUGGUCCAUCCAUCAUCACGGUCGGGAUAAAGAUGCAUGUGUGAUGGGGACGGUCCACAGCGGCAUGAUCCACAGGACGACAGCUCAGCAACACACUAACGAUCACACGUCACGGUUCUGUUUCCGUUUCCAUUACUCUUAUUUUUACACUGCUUAUUCCCUAAAGACACUACUCCCGUUCAAUCUGUCUGGGCUGGCUGUUCGUUUGACCUGGAGGGGGGGCCCCACAUGCAGAUUAUAUAUGUAGUUCUGUGUCAUAUGUGUUCUGUUAGUUUCCUGCACUGAGACUGAUCCAUCUGUAAGAGUCUUUGCAGGCUGCACUAUGCUGGUACAUGGCAGAUGCAAAGUAUCGUAUUAUGACUCUGCGAUUGGCAGACGGUGGACAAACGGCCGUUGUUUGAUCACUGUCUGCUUGAACUGGGUUUGCAAAGCACUUACUUUCCGAACAUUCCCACCCAUGUAUGCAAUGGAAUUGUAGCUGUAAUUUGUAACAUUUGUAUCCAGGGCACCAGAGCUUACAUUUCCAUCUAUACUGAUGCACCAAACAUUUUCAAGAUACUACAAGGUGGUUCCAAUGAGUAGACGCUAAGCUGAGCAUUCAAACUUGGCUUCUAGAGAAUGCUACCGGAGUGAUUGUUAAUGCAUAUUUAUUUUAUUUAUAAUUUGUCAGUAUUUUUUCUGGUAGUGUUGCAUCUUUGCGUACUCGGUGGCUCCCGUUUUAGAAGUUAAUUUAUUGGAGUAUAAAGUUUACUGUCUGAUCCCUUUACUGAAGAAAUUGAGCAGAAUACUGCAUUUGGUGCUGGCAGUUAGCACAGUUAGUGUGCUUCUUUCCUUCAGCUGCCAGAAUAGACAGUUUAUAAGGGAAAUGCUUUGCUUUGAUUCAGAAGCGUCUGUCCAUAUUUUGCAAAGCUAGUAAUUGUAAAUGGUGCAGUUCUUGAGACCAUAGGGUGUGGCGUAAUGAUUUCUUAAGAUGCCUCUGUGACACGCACAAACGCACACUCCCUAUGGAUGGUGCAAAUAUUUAGACUUUAACUGUUCUUUAACUUGCUUUCUCUCUUUCUUUUUUUUUUGUUCCAUGUUCUGGGCAUAACCCUGGAUGUUAUUUUAGUAAGCAUGAGUGGCACUGGAUGGUAAUUUCUCUUGCUCUUUGUUGAAUUAUUAUUAUUUUUAUUUGUGGUUCCUGGUUUUUCAUGGACGCUACUGUCAUGCCGUUAGCUGUGAAUGCAAACUGGGGCAGUGACAGAGGCGUCUUGUCAUUCCAAAGAAAAAACCUCCCAGCCCAUCUCUGAGCAGACCUGAGGCGUGCGACUCCGCAGCCUGGGGGGCCGUCUGAUACCAGUCUGCCGAUUUUAGGUCCGGCAAAUACAGCCCGGCAUUGGUGUUGGUGCCUCACAGGGUCUGUGUCAUAUAGCGGUGCCACAUCUGGAAUCUCGAACCCUGGUCACGAUGGGGCUACGUUACCAGGAGGCUUAAAUAAAGACCCUUUCAGUUAUUUUGAAGAGGGACACGCUGUAGACUUUAAAGUACCUUUUACCCGUUUCACAAUUGUUUGAAUUCUUUGUGUUUUUUACAGACAAAUGUUUAACACACAUCCAUUUGUAUGGUGUCAUGCUGCCCAGGUCACCAUUUUGUUCCUUUUUUUAUUUAAGAAAUUAGGAAUCCUGUUUGCUUUUUUAAAAUGUAUUUUUAUUUGUAGACUUUUAGUUCAGUGGAAUACUUUUUGUUAGCUAGAAUUUUUCAUAUUGUAUUUUUCUAACAUUGCUUCUUGUUUAAUGUUAAAAACAUUUCAAGUUGACAAUAAAACUCAAGACAAAGAAAUAUAUCUAUAUAUUGAAUUGAAUAGUGUGAUACUUGGACCAGACAUUGUGUAAACUAAUAGUAGCGACAAAUGCUUUUAUUCUUUGUUCCUAAAGCUGUUUAAUAAAUGAUGUCAUAGAGUGAAAA